AGGGGAAAUUACUGCCUAAACUCACGCCACCAACGCCCAAUGGAUGACGUUAGAGUAAAAGCACAAUAAAUGCUGGUGAUCGUGUUACGUUAGAGUUCAUCGAUAAAGUAGCCAUGAACGCAAUCGCGGGUGUCACAUUUUUGUUGUUAUUGUUUAUGGUAAUAGGGACCGAUGCGAUCCGCUGUUAUUUAUGCAGCAGCGACACUGAUCCCAAAGGCGAGGAUUUAUGCGGAGCAUAUAAAAAGUUUGACAAAGACAAGAAUAUCGCUGUGGAGUGCAACAGCGAGGAAUCUCCGAUGCCUGGUACAUUUUGCGUAAAAGAGACGCGUCAAAGUCCACGUGGCUUCAUCUGGAACGGUAGAUGGCGACAGGUGGUCCGCCGAUGCUCCUCGGUGGCUAGUACAGGAGUCACGGGUGUUUGUAAUUGGGGAGUUCAUCCUAAUGGUGUAUAUUGGGAAGAAUGCUCUUGUUCGGAAGAUUCUUGCAACGAAGCAACGACGUUGUCCUCGGUUUCAGCAGUAAUUUUGUUGCUGCUCAGCGUUUCAAUCUAUGUAUUUUCUUUUAAAGCCAUCAUGGGUCGAACGAUGAAUGUCGCGGAUGGAGUUGGAUAUUCGCGAUCCGAAGUAUUCGUGCUUAUGGCAAGGAUAUCUUUUGUUGCUGCCGUUGGAUUUUUUAGUAUGAAGUGGAUAAUGAAUCAACUUGAUCCCACAAACAAUGCAAAAAAGAAAGCCAGGAAAAAGGCACGUGAACAAUUACGGAAAUUGGCCAAAACGGACAAUCUGUUGCGGUCAGUAGACAUGGAUCAAUUAACAGAUUAUGAAAUGAUGAUAGCCAAUCACAUAGUGGAUCCUAAGGACAUUAGAGUUUCAUGGGACAACAUAGCAGGCCUUGAGCAUGUGAUUCAAGAACUUAAAGAAACAGUUAUAUUACCUAUACAACGAAAAGAAUUAUUUGAAGAUUCUCAAUUGACCCAAGCACCAAAAGGAGUGUUAUUACACGGUCCUCCUGGCUGUGGGAAAACAAUGAUAGCCAAAGCAACGGCUAAAGAAACAAAAACGCGUUUCAUUAAUUUAGAUGUAAGCAUAUUAACCGACAAAUGGUACGGCGAGAGCCAGAAAUUAACUGCAGCAGUUUUUUCUCUUGCCGUGAAACUUCAGCCAUGUAUCAUCUUUAUUGAUGAAAUAGAUUCUUUCUUAAGAGCACGUAAUUCCCAAGACCAUGAAGCAACUGCAAUGAUGAAGGCACAGUUCAUGUCCCUGUGGGAUGGAUUAAUUACAAACCCUUCUUGCACAGUAAUAAUAAUGGGUGCAACCAACAGGCCCCAAGAUUUGGAUAGAGCAAUUCUUAGGCGUAUGCCAGCUACUUUCCAUAUUCCUUUGCCAAAUGAGCAACAACGAAUGCAAGUAUUGAAAUUGAUAUUGGAGCAUGAACCAAUAGCUGACAAUGUGGAUAUUCAAAAAUUGGGGAAAAUGACAGAGGGGUUCUCUGGUUCUGAUUUGCAAGAACUUUGUAGGAACGCGUCCGUUUAUCGCGUUCGGGAUUAUCUACGUACUCAUACACAAGAAAUGGAUACUAGUACCGAAGAUGAAGAAUACCAUGACGCUGUUCGACCUAUUACUAUGGAAGAUCUCCUCACAUCGUAUAAGAAGAUGAAAACAUCUAAAAUACAUACGGGUACCCUGAGCGCAGUUAAACUAGAUUUAGAUUAAAAAGAGAAAAAUAUCGGUUACCUGUUCAUAUUGAAUUUUUAAAUCUUUUAGAGGGAGACUUAGGAAAAUAUAAUUUUGUAAUAAGCUUCACGUCCAGUCAUGUUUAUAAUUUUAUUUCCGUUAUAUCAAAAUGAAAACUAAUUAUUCUAGAACGACACUACAUUUACCAUCACUUAUAAAGUGUGUUCAAUAAAAUCGAAAAUUUUCGAAAUACAUUCAGACAUUUCGCCGCAUUAAGAAUAUAAUUGAAUUGUCAUACUAAUGAGAAUUGUAAGGAAUUUUAGGGUACUUUUAUUAAAUCUACCGUGAUAGAUUUCAUUAAAAGCGAAAGAAGCUUCCGAUAACUCUUUUUCGUGAUUACAAUUUACUGAAUUAUUUCUACUUGUAUUUUGGAUUCAAUUUUAGUACGCUGGAUACACGCAUUUUUUCUGAGGAUACCUUUGUACCAGUCGAGGUAUAUACGUGUGUAUAGUAUGUCCUUCGAAGUAACGCGAUUCAAGAGAUAAUCAGUAUACCUUGUUUAAGAUUUUGUAAAGUCUAUCAUACCAUUGUUACACCGAUGUGUAUAAACAUCCAUAUUUAUGUAUAUACAGACUAAGUCAUAACUGUAUCUCAUAAAUAAGGGAUAGUUCCACGUGUUGUUAAGACAGACCAGUUUAGUAUUUUCCUCGCAUCUUUGUAAUUAAUGCGUAAAACUUGAUGGUUAAUAGAAAAUUAUUUAUUUUUCAAACUUGAUAUAUAAUUUACUUAAACUUAGUAUAACCAAUACUAGUUAAAACUGUACAGAUUAAUUAAAAUUAAAUGUUUAAAUUAUUUGCACAGAAGUGGUAUCAUACCACCAGAUUAAAAUCGUUUUCAUUUGCGAAAUAAUUCAAUUGAACUAAUGCAAAUUAAUGUAACCCUUGAAUCUAAGAAAUCUACAAUUCCGAAUACCAUAAAA